AUGCGCAAGGCAUCUAGGAAAGCAUUGUUGAAAACCGACUUUGUCAUUAUGCCAUUGAUGGCGUUGGUUGUGAUGUUGCAAUAUUUAGAUAAGGCAAUUUUUUCUUAUGCCGCUUUACUUGGCUUGGUGACAGAUUUGAGAAUCACCAUGGGUCAAUACAGCUUUGCUGCCUCAAUCUACUAUAUCGGUAUGAUUUCAGGUUUACCUUUAUGGACUUUUGUUCUUCAACGUGUUUCUGCCGAUCUCUCUACCGGUGCAACUGUUACCUUGUGGGGAAUGAUAACAAUGACACAUGCUGCAACACACAAUUAUUCUGGCAUUCUUGCCGUUCGUUUCUUUUUGGGAUUCUUGGAAUCUUCCGUUACUCCUGCUUUGGUGUUGAUUACUUCUAUGUUCUACACACCAAGGGAAACGAUUAGCAGAACAGCAAUUUGGUAUGCGUUCAACGGUGUCGCAUUGAUUCUUGGAGGUGGUUUAUCCUACGGACUCUUAUCCAAUCCAAGUGUCAUUAAAUCAUCUUUGGCGAUUUGGAGGCAAUUGUAUUUGAUCUUAGGUGGUAUUACCAUCUUUGUUGGAUUGAUGUUGUUAGCAUUUAUGCCUAAUACACCCAAUCGUACACGAUUGUAUUCUCCCAUCGAAAGAAAGGCAGUACUGAUCAAGGAAAGCAACGAUGAAAGCGGAGUUCCAGUUGCACAUACUCCUUACGUGAAAAAGACACGAAAGAUUGCAUGGUAUCAAUGGAUCGAAGCAGUCUGUGAUGUACGUUUGUAUCUCUUCUUUUGUGGCCUUUUGGUUGGAAGCAUUCCUAAUGGAGGUGUAACAGCUUAUAGUACUCAACUUCUUUCCGGCUUUGGAUUCUCACAAGCAGAAACAUUGCUCGUUUCAAUCGCUCCAGGAGGCGGUCAAAUUGUGAGCGUGUUGCUAUUCAUCAUCACAGCUUUGUUGACAAAGAGCCGUAUCUUAGGUGCAAAUUUGCUUUUGUUUAUCGCAAUUGCAGGUUCAACGAUGAUGUAUGUCUCAACCACAGGCAGAACGGCAAAGACUGUUGGUUAUGUUUUGCUCAACUUUGGCUCCCCAGCUGUGGUUGCGUUGUACUCUUUCAUUGGCUCUGCCGUCUUGGGCCACGAUAAAAGAGUCAUUUUCACCAUCGUCUCUCAAUUAGCUUACGCUUUGGGCAAUAUCAUCGGACCUUUAGUGUUCCUUGAAAGUGAAACUUUGUUGAACUACCCAACGGCCAAAAAAGUGAUCAUUGGAUCUUUAGCAGGUGCUGCUUUCACUUUGUUCUGUAUUGGUAUCAUCCAUGCCGCUUGGAACUACAAGCGAAAUCUGAACAGAGACGACUCAGAGCUCGAACAACAAACACAAGGCCAGACUGGUCAAGACUUAUCCGACUUUAAACGUGAAGAUUUCCGAUAUGUGUAUUAG